CUGCAUCGCAUGCACCGCCGCCGCCGCCGCACAGCAGCGCGUAACACACACACGCGCGCGCCCGCAAGAAAUGCGUACGACGUCUCCGACGGGUUAGGCACGUGCGUGUGCGUGCGUGUGAUUGCGUGUGUGUACGACAGCCGAACGUGCUUGUGUGCGCGCGAGCCCGACCGAGUGUGUAGAUGCAAGUCGGUGGCGACGACCGUAGUCUUGUGCGCUGCGUACAUGUAAGCGUAAGCGUAGGAAAGCCGCGUAGGUAACAGCGCACCCGCCGCCGUACGGAAAAUGGCCGGAGAAGUGCGAUUCCGAUUGAGCGACAACCUUGAUCCACUUCAAGCGCUUGAUAUUUGCCAUGAAAUUGUCAACAUGACAUUUUGUUCAGACAGAGCUUUUACCUUGAAAAAAUGCAGUAAAAAAAGAUGUGUUGAUAGAUAUGAUAGCUCUGAAAGCUCAGACAGUGGUGUUGCAACUUUUAUUACUGAACUUGGGUCACCUAUGACUCCAGAUAGUAGGGUUAGUGAAUAUUCCAUUCCUUCUCCAGAUGAAUGUGAGCCAGUAAUGGCACCACCUCCAACUAUACCAAGUUCUGGAGACGAAAUUGAUCUAGCUUGUUGGCCAUGGGGUGAAGAAUGGACCGCUGAUUGUUCUAAUAUUGAAUUAUUUUCUGAUACUUGUGAUACUACUGAUUAUUGUAAAGAAGAUACAAGCAUUGCCAAUAAUGAACUUAAUAAAAAUGUAGUACAGGAUGAUUCAUGUAAUGAUAAAUUAAAUAUUUUUCAAAAUUCCUCAAAAUUAAAUGAUUUGUUUAAUUCAUUACCACUAGCUCAAUGUAAACUGAUUGAGUCACCUGCUAAAUCAGAUUGUGAUUUUGUUCCUCCUAAAAAAUUUCUUGUUUCUGAUGAAGAAUCGCCGACAAAAUUUACACUGAGUAGUUCUGAUGAAAAAUGUUCAAGAGACAUUUCAUCUCUAGAGUCCAAUAUUUUAAAUAAUGAAAGUAUAUUAAAAGAUGAAAAAUCAUUACUGCCUUUACAGUUUUCGCCUAGUACUCCCCUAACGUGUUCCGAUAGUUUUGAUAAGACUGAAUUAAAAUUAUGUGAAGAUCAUACAGACAACAGUAUUCCAAACAAUUUCAAAAAAGAUGAAGUCGAAAAAUCAAAUAGUGGGAAAAUAAUUAAUACAUAUACAAAUGAAAAUUUUAAAUUAAAUAAAAAAAUUUCUAAUAAUGAAAAUGAUGACAUUAAUCCACCUAAGAAAUUAUGCGUUGAUCAAUCAAGUAAGCUGCCAAAUAUAGGUAGAUAUUUUAUGAGAUCAUCUGGAUCUUCCCAAAAUUUAUACCAAUCAAAGAUUCCUCAUUUAUUAGACCAAAAUAAAAAUGUACAAGGUAAAUUAACCUCAUCAAGGUUGAAAUGUUCUCUUCGAAAUUCAAUCAAUAAAAAUUAUCAAUUUGACAAUAAUGAACCAAUAAAAAAAAAUGAAAAACUUAGUUGUUCUAAGUCAAAAAUUAAUCCAGUAGGUUUUAACUCUGAUAAAAUAAGAUUUCCAAAAUUGGAUAGUCAUUGGAUUUCUCUCAGUGGAAAUAUUGUUUGUCGUUGGAAUAAUUGUGAUUGUCAUUUUACUGCUUCUGCUAAACUCAUUGAACAUCUACAGGUAAAACAUGUGAAUUCUCAGAAUUUUUGUGAAACAUUUGUAUGUCUAUGGUCUGAUUGUAAAGUAUUUAAUAAACCAUCGUGUUCGCGAUCAUGGCUUGAACGCCAUGUGUUAAGUCAUGGUGGAAAUAAACCAUUGCAGUGCAUUGUUCAAAAAUGCAGACAACGUUUUAGUUCUCAAAUAAUGCUAGAAAGACAUGUAAAUCAACAUUUUAAAUCUACUAGUAAUAAAGAUGAUGAAGGAAUAAAUGGUAAAUUAAUAAGGAGAAAAGGAAAAAAAUUACGUCUUCGCAAACAACCUUUUAGAGCAAGGAAAUUUGAUUAUUUUGAUCAAGCAACAAUGUUGGAAUUACAAACACAGUUAUUUUUGAGCUCACAGAAUAGCCAACAAGAUUUCAUUGACUAUAGUAGAAGAGCUAUAAAAUUUCAACCUAAUGUUAUUGCUAGAAGAAUACUAGAAGGUGGUAAAAAACAGGAAGUGUUGAUGCGAUGGUUUCCUCCUAAUAUAUUAGAAGAUGAAUGGAUCACUUGUGAUAAAAAAACAAAUUUUAAUAUGAUUGAACGUGUUGUACCUAUUAUGUCAAUGACUACGGAAAAUCGGGAUUCAAUAAUUAAACUGUUUGGUAAUAUUUUUCCACCUUCAACUCGCCGUAAACGAAAAUAAAAAUUCAAUAUUUUUCUACCUAUUUUUGUA